UAACAUCAACAACAACUAUAUAUAUAUAUGUGCGCGUCUUCUCCCUCACACAACACACAACCUAUAGCUCCACUCAUCAGAGAUCCCCACACAUACAUUCGUACGUAGGUUUUCUUGUGCGCCAUGCCUGAAAUGUUGAAUGUACGUGUCGAUUCAAGCAUAGGAUCAUCAAAAGUAAUACCCAUCUUCCACCAAGUCGUGUUAACUGAUCAGAAUGGAAGAGAAGAACACGAAAACAUUCAUAAUAAUAAUCUCCCAGCAGAAAGCGUGGCGGUGGAGGAGGUGCUCUCGAAUACAAUUAUAGGCAUUCCAGAAGAAGACGAAUUUUCCGGCGAGAUGAACCCACAAGAUGCCUGGCUUCCCAUUACAGAAUCCAGAAAGGGUAACACUUUGACUGCUGCACUUCAUCUGCUCAGUUCUGGGAUCGGAACUCAAGCGCUUCUUCUCCCCUUCGCAUUCAUUUCACUUGGAUGGUUCUGGGGCAUACUUUUGUUGUCUCUGGUAUAUUCUUGGCAGCUCUACACUAUAUGGCUUCUUGUCAAUCUUCAUGAGCCAUCUCCACAAAAUGGAAUUCGUUACAGCAGAUUUCUUCACCUCUCAAUUGUAGCCUUCGGUGAAAAGUUGGGGAAGUGGGUAGCCAUGUUCCCAACAUUUUACUUAUCAGGCGGCACAUGUGCAUUGUACAUAAUAUCAGGGGGGACUACCAUGGAGCUGUUGUACCAAGCUAUGUGCGAAGAUAAUCUCAAAUGCCAGGCCAAGUCUUUGACAGGAGCUCAAUGGUUCCUGCUCUUCAUAUGCUUAGCCAUUUUCAUUGCUUUUUUCGUCCGUAAUCUGAAUUCAGUAGCCCCAAUUUCGCUGAUUGGGUCAAUCACGGUGAUCGCGUAUUGUAGCCUUUUAUGGGUUCUGUCGGUGAGCAAGGGCAGGCCGGUGGAUGCGCCGCCGAUACUGCCUCAAAAUAAUAAUGAUGAUGCUGGUGGUGUGUUUCGUAAUGUGUUGAACAGUAUUGGAAUGAUUGCUCUUGCUUUCAGAGGACACAACCUGGUGCUGGAGAUACAGGGAACACUGCCCACAAAUAGAAAACAACCGUCGCGUAAGUCCAUGUGGAGAGGAGUAGCAAUUUCCUAUCUAAUUAUUGCUAUCUGUCUCUUUCCACUUGCAAUAGUUGGACAUUGGGCUUAUGGGAAUCAGAUACCUAUCAACGGAGGAAUUCUUACUGCUUUCACAAAGUUCCACCAGAACAACACAUCCAAGUACAUUGUUGGUGCAAUAUACCUCAUUAUCAUAAUCAACUAUCUGUGUGCCUUCCAAAUCUACGCCAUGCCCGUAUUCGACAACCUAGCGCGCCUAUACACGAGCAGGAAAAACAAGGCAUGCCCGAGCUGGUUCCGUGCAGCCACCAAAGUCUGGCUCGGAGGAUUGACAUACUUUGUAGCAGUAACUUUCCCCUUCUUGCCAAGUUUGGGUGCAUUCACAGGUUCCAUCGUGUUGCCUCUAACUCUGGCCUAUCCAUGUCUGAUGUGGGUUGCCAUCAAGAAGCCCGCCCGGUUUAGCAGAAUGUGGUGCCUAAAUGUGGGGCUUGCAUCUUCAGGCAUAGUGUUGAGUUUAAUGUGUGCUAGUGCAGCUCUGUGGUUUUUGAUAAUUAAUGGCGUAGACGCCAACUUCUUCAAGCCCAGGUGACAUAGGUGUAUAGAGAAAUUGACUAUUCAAGAUUUUAUUCUAUUAAUUCAGAAUCACCCACAUACGUAGGAGUAGGAACAUGAUGAGUAGUUUGUAACAUGAUACAUAUAUGCAAUCCCACGAUCGGGGUCAGGAAUAUUGUUCAAUAA